GCCGAGGCGGGUGCGGAGGGCGGGGGCCGGCCGCAGCUUCCCCGCGCCCGGCUGUGUCGCCGCCGUCGCCUCGGCGGUUGGGGGGAUCCGUAGGGUGGCGCGCGCUGGGGGCGCAGCGCGGUUUUGUCUCGUCCUGUGUUGCGGAGCGGCUCGCGCAGUGGCCCGGGGAGGCCCCCUCGGCUUCCCGCAGGACGCCGGGCCAACGGCGGGCGGCUGCGGCGGCUCGGCCGGUCUGCGGCCCUGAGGGGAAGGGCAAGGGACACGGCGACGUGGAGGGGAGAGCAGUAGUUCCAGAGAGUUGCUGGUUUAGAGUUUAGCUCUUGGGACUUGUGAAAACAGUGAAGGAUGCUUAGACUACUUAACAUUCAAACUACCCUCUGGUUAAUCAUCUUUAGAAGACUGGACUUCUGGAUGUCUGUUGAGUUGAAACAUGAAAAUGAAACCCAUAACCGUGGCCGUCACCUGUGAGCCUUAGUUACAUUGAUCCAUAGCAUUGGAACUUCCUCGGGGACACGCAAUGGCAUCGGCAGUGGUUGACAGUGGAGCUUCUGUUCUGGAGCUUUCCAGCAAUGGAGUCGAGAGUCAAGAGGGAGGCGACACUGUCCCUGAAUAUCCAGCAGUGAUUGUGGAGCCAGUCCCCAGUGCGAGGUUAGAGCAGGGCUACGCUGCCCAGGUGCUGGUGUAUGACGACGAGACUUACAUGAUGCAGGAUGUGGCGGAAGAACAAGAAGUUGAGACGGAGAACUCAGAAACAGGGAGGUAGAAGAUCGACUUGAGAAACUGGGGACCUGGAAAGGAGCCCCAGUCCUAGGAUCACCUGAAGGUGAGACAGAUUGAGCCAGGAGGAAGACAAUGCUGUGGAAGCAUCAGUUCACAGCAGUAAUGCACACUGUACGGAUAAGACCUUUGAAGCUGCUGAAGCCCUGCUUCACAUGGAAUCUCCUACCUGCUUGAGGGAUUCCAGAAGUCCUGUGGAAGUGUUUGUCCCUCCUUGUAUAUCAACUCCAGAGUUUAUCCAUGCUGCGAUGAGGCCAGAUGUCAUUACAGAGACUGUAGUGGAGGUGUCAACAGAAGAGUCUGAACCAAUGGAUGCCUCGCCUAUUCCUACUUCACCAGACAGCCACGAACCAAUGAAAAAGAAAAAAGUUGGCCGUAAACCAAAGACCCAGCAGUCACCAGUUUCCAAUGGGUCUCCUGAGUUAGGAAUCAAGAAGAAAGCCAGAGAAGGAAAAGGAAACACAACCUAUCUGUGGGAGUUUCUUUUAGAUCUGCUUCAAGAUAAAAAUACUUGUCCCAGGUAUAUUAAAUGGACUCAGAGAGAAAAGGGCAUAUUCAAACUUGUGGACUCAAAGGCUGUCUCGAAGCUCUGGGGAAAGCAUAAGAACAAACCAGAUAUGAACUAUGAAACCAUGGGGCGAGCUUUGAGAUACUACUACCAAAGGGGAAUUCUUGCAAAGGUUGAAGGACAAAGGCUUGUAUAUCAGUUCAAGGACAUGCCCAAAAACAUAGUGGUCAUCGAUGAUGACAAAAGUGAGACCUGCCCCGAAGACUUAGCAGCAGCUGCUGAUGACAAGUCUUUAGAACGAGUGUCACUAUCUGCAGAAAGUCUCCUGAAGGCAGCGACUGCCGUCCGAGGGGGGAAAACCUCCUCUCCUCUGAACUGCUCCCGAGCAGAGAAGGGUGUGGCUAGGGUUGUGAAUAUCACUUCCCCUGCUCAUGAUGCUUCCUCCAGGUCUCCUACCACCACAGCACCUGUGUCGGCAGCAGCAGCUCCAAGGACAGUUCGUGUGGCAAUGCAAGUCCCCGUGGUAAUGACAUCACUGGGUCAGAAGAUUUCAACUGUGGCAGUUCAGUCAGUCAAUGCAGGCACACCAUUAAUAACCAGCACCAGUCCAGCUACAGCAAGCUCUCCAAAAGUAGUCAUCCAGACAGUCCCGACUGUGAUGCCAGCCUCCAAUGAAAAUGGAGACAGAAUCACCAUGCAGCCUGCCAAGAUUAUCACCAUCCCUGCUACUCAGCUUGCACAGUGUCAACUGCAGACAAAGUCAAAUCUGACUGGAUCAGGAAGCAUUAACAUUGUUGGAACCCCACUGGCUGUGAGAGCGCUCACCCCUGUUUCAAUAGCCCAUGGUACACCUGUAAUGAGACUAUCCGUGCCUGCUCAGCAGGCUUCUGGCCAGACUCCUCCUCGAGUUAUCAGUGCGGUCAUAAAAGGGCCGGAGGUUAAAUCAGAAGCCAAAAAGCAGGAGCACGAUGUGAAAACCUUGCAGCUGGUAGAAGAAAAGGGGGCAGAUGGGAACAAGACAGUAACCCAUGUAGUGGUUGUCAGUGCGCCCUCUGCUAUUGCUCUUCCUGUGACUAUGAAAACCGAAGGGCUAGUGACAUGUGAGAAAUAAGCUCCCAGGGAUUGCAGACAUUUGCAAGGGAAGUCAUCAAGAAAAGUCAGAGGAGGACUUUCAAACAACUGUGCAUAUAAGAAAGCAAUCAGACUUACUGGAAAUAAAUUACCUAUCCCAUGUUUCAGUGGGAAGUGAACUACACAUCGAGAUGCUGACAGAAAACUGCCUCUUAAAGUAAGAACAACUGAACCCUCAAUAAGAAAAAAGACUGAAAGGGACCAAGCAGCUCACUACAAUAUCACGUUACACUAAGAGUUGGAACACUAACACCUGUAAGAGGUUACAUAGUUUUCAGUGGGGCGGGGUUGGGAUGGGUGAUGUCAUUGUUACAAAUAGCAUUUUUUGAUGCAUUUUAUAUGCAUACCAGCAAUUAGCACUGUGCUCGUGCAGUGCUCACUUAACUGGUGCUAUGUGAAGACUCUGCUAAUACAGGUAUUCUAGAAUGUGAACUGCGUGGAUCCAAAAGCUUCACAGAGAGAGGAGAGCAAGAUCUAGUGCGCUUUUGUUCGUUUGUUUUGUUUUAUUUUUUGAUUUUGAAUAUAUAUAUCAUAGCUUAAGCUGUUUUAAAACAAAGGCCUUAGACUAAUUUUCGGUUUCCUUUCUUGAAAUAAGCUAAUGGCUUGUUUGUGUAAAGCUUUUUUAUUAAAAGAAAAAUUUUAAAAAUCUUGUACCUAGCACAGUAUUGUUAUAGAAUUUACAUGUAACAUUUUCUAUGGUAGAUUAAGUCUGUCGGUUUCUUAAUUGUGAAGAGAUGAACAGUUGGCUCUGGCCCUUUACUGUACCACACCUGCGUCGCUCAAGUCACCCUACCUACCGUCUGCAGACAUCGGUAUCAGUUCUUCUGUCAUUCGACAUUCAGGCUCGCAUGAACUCGCCAGGUAGCUCCAGGACCUGGCCUUUGUUUCCUUUCUCAGUCUUUUUCCUUUUCUCCUUUUUUUUUUUCUCUUUUUCUUUUUUAGUUGACAUUUAAGAGGGAAAGUACCAGUGUUCAGAUUUGAACUAUAAUAGUUUGUAUAUUCAACAUUUGAAGUAUAUUCUAUUUUGUUGUACUCUUGUUUCAAAGUGUAUUCAAGUAGGUUUUGAAAUAUAGAAGUGAAAUUUA